AUGCCUUUAUCUUCUCAACCGUCAUCUUCUCCAAAUUUGAAGCGAAAACAACCGACCAUCUCGAGCUUUUUCACAAAGAAACCACAACUCUCACAGGAGAGCACUUCGAAUGAUGCUUUUAAAGAAUAUGAACGAGAUCAAGAAGGGCAAGAGGUCACAAAACAGGAAAAAGCCUCGAGGGGAAAUUGUAGUACUCGGUCAAACAGUGUUGAUGAUGAGGACGACGUAGUUGCUCCGGCGCCAAAGAGAGCCAGAAUAAACGGGUCCUAUUCACAAAAUACCACCGAAUCUCCAAAAGAAACUCACGUUGAGCGUCCUAGGCUAUCGGACAAUAUCCCAAAAACAGAGCUCUCCAAGUUCGCCAGCUCGCCCGCUACGGAGGGAGAAACGAAAGAACGAACAAAGGAAAGAGAAAAGCUACACCAGAAGUUUGUGCAAAGAUUAGGUGGACCAGACUGUCUCAUCGGAAUUGGCAGAAAUACAGCCACUGAAGCAGUACCCGAGGAAGCUGGCGAAGGCGAUGAGGGUGACGAACCCUCUCCGCCCCCUGCAGCUAAAGGGAAAGCCGCGACAAAGAAAGGCGGGCACAAGCUUACUCCUAUGGAGAAGCAGAUUAUCGAUAUUAAGCGGAAACAUAUGGAUACGGUUUUGGUAGUAGAGGUGGGAUACAAGUUCCGGUUCUUUGGCGAGGAUGCUAGAACAGCUGCGAAGGAGCUAAACAUUGUCUGUAUUCCUGGAAAAUUCAGGUUCGAUGAACAUCCUUCGGAGGCCCAUCUUGACCGCUUUGCAUCGGCAAGUAUACCGGUGCAUAGAUUGCAUGUUCAUGUCAAGCGUCUCGUUUCGGCCGGACACAAAGUCGGAGUUGUCCGACAAAUGGAAACUGCUGCCCUUAAAGCCGCUGGCGAUAAUCGUAAUGCGCCCUUUGGACGCAAGCUCACCAAUUUAUACACAAAGGGUACGUAUAUUGAUGAUAUGGAGGGCCUGGAAGGAUCUACUGCGUCUAUAUCAGCCGCUGGCACUACAAUGGCAACGGGGUAUAUGCUUUGUAUUACAGAGACAAACGCAAAGGGCUGGGGAAAUGACGAAAAGGUGCAUGUGGGCAUUGUUGCUGUUCAGCCAGCAACAGGUGACAUAGUGUAUGACGAGUUUGAAGACGGAUUCAUGAGGAGCGAGAUCGAAACUAGACUCCUUCAUCUGGCCCCUUGUGAGGUUCUUAUAGUUGGUGAUUUGUCAAGAGCAACAGAAAAGCUUGUUCAACAUCUUUCUGGGAACAAGACUAAUGCUUUUGGUGACGAGAUUCGUGUUGAGAAGUUCCCUAAAGCUAAAACGGCGGCGGCCGAGUCACAUAGCCAUGUUUCGAGCUUUUACGCGGAGAGGAUGAAGAAUGCGAACACCACAGAUGAUGCGCAGGCGAGCAGCCUGCUUCAGAAGGUGCUUAACCUAAGCGAGCAGGUCACCAUCUGCUUGUCUUCCAUGAUUAAACAUAUGUCAGAGUAUGGCUUGGAGCACGUUUUCCAGCUUACAAAGUAUUUCCAACACUUUUCCUCUCGGUCACAUAUGCUUCUCAACGCAAAUACUUUGAACAGUCUUGAAAUAUAUCAUAACCAGACAGAUCACUCCACCAAAGGCAGUCUUUUCUGGACGUUGGAUCGAACGCAAACCCGUUUCGGGCAAAGAAUGCUACGUAAAUGGGUGGGACGUCCUUUGCUAGAUAAAUCUAGCCUUGAAGAAAGAGUGGACGCUGUUGAGGAAUUGAAGAAUCCAGAAAGGAUUGCUCUCGUAGAACGGCUGAAGGGUCUGCUUGGUAGAAUCAAGACUGAUCUGGAAAAGUCACUGAUCAGGGUUUACUACGGCAAGUGCACCCGGCCCGAGCUUCUCACUCUCCUCCAAACUUUACAGAUGAUUGCCCAGGAAUUUGCUGGUGUCCAGUCUCCUGCUGAUACUGGAUUCUCGUCGCCUCUCAUAAGCAAAGCAGUAGCAUCUCUGCCAACAAUCUUAGAAGAUGUCGUGCACUUCCUGGACAAAAUAAACAUGCAUGCAGCGAAGAAUGACGACAAAUAUGAGUUCUUCAGAGAAUCAGAGGAGACAGAUGAGAUUACUGAACACAAGCUUGGAAUUGGUGCUGUGGAACACGAUCUUGAAGAGCAUCGCUCCACAGUUGGUGAGUGUCUUGGGAAAAAAAAAGUAGAAUAUGUCACAGUUGCGGGCAUUGAAUACCUGAUUGCGGUUGAAAACAAGUCACCGUCCAUCAAAAAGGUGCCAGCAUCGUGGGUGAAAAUAUCUGGUACCAAAGCAGUUUCGAGAUUUCAUACCCCAGAAGUUAUCAGGCUUCUACGACAGCGGGAUCAGCAUAAGGAGGCUUUAGCAGCGGGUUGUGAUAAGGCGUACGCAAGCUUCCUGGGUGAGAUAUCCGCCAGCUACCAAUCUUUCCGUGAUAGUGUACAGUCCCUUGCGACGCUCGACUGUCUAAUUUCUCUUGCGACUAUCGCUAACCAGCCCGGCUACGUGAAACCCGAAUACACGGAUCACACAUGCAUUCAUGUUGACCAAGGGCGUCAUCCGAUGGUUGAACAACUCUUGUUGGACAGCUACGUCCCCAAUGAUAUUGAUUUGGACAGCGACAAGACCCGUGCUCUCCUUGUUACAGGCCCUAACAUGGGUGGGAAGUCUAGCUAUGUUCGACAAGUGGCACUCAUAGCCAUUAUGGGACAGAUUGGUUCCUACGUGCCUGCACAGUCAGCGAAGCUUGGUAUGCUAGAUGCUGUGUUUACCCGCAUGGGAGCUUUUGACAACAUGCUGGCUGGUGAAUCCACAUUCAUGGUCGAGCUUUCGGAAACAGCAGAUAUCCUAAAGCAAGCGACACCUCGCUCACUUGUCAUUCUGGAUGAACUUGGUCGAGGCACGUCUACGCACGAUGGUGUUGCAAUUGCGCAAGCCGUUCUCGAUUAUAUGAUUCGGUCAAUACGAAGUCUCACGCUUUUUAUCACGCACUAUCAACACCUUUCCUCAAUGACACACUCCUUCCCUGACCAUGAACUUCGGAACGUACACAUGCGUUUUACCGAGUCGGGGUUGACCGAAGAAGAGAUUACGUUCCUUUACGAAGUGGGAGAGGGCGUAGCGCAUCGCAGUUACGGUUUAAACGUAGCGCGUCUAGCAAACUUACCAGCACCUUUAAUUGAGCUGGCUAAACAGAAGAGUGCCGAACUAGAACAGAAAAUACGCCGCCGGAGAUUAGCUGGACUUGUGAGGACUUUUGGAGAUGUCUUAUCCGAUCCAGCAAAAGCUGACGAGACUUUGAUUGAACAACUCAUCAGCAGCGCAGAGCAGUUAUAA